AUGAACUGGUCUGCCUUGGAGGCCCUCCUCAGUGGGGUCAACAAGUACUCCACCGUGUUUGGCCGCAUCUGGCUCUCCAUGGUCUUCGUCUUCCGGGUGAUGGUGUUCGUGGUGGCGGCCCAGCGAGUGUGGGGCGACGAGAGCAAGGACUUUGUUUGCAACACGGCACAGCCGGGCUGCACCAAUGUGUGCUACGACCACAUCUUCCCCAUCUCCCACAUCCGCCUGUGGGCCCUGCAGCUCAUCUUCGUCACCUGCCCGUCACUGAUGGUUGUCGGGCACGUCAAGUAUCGCGAGAAGAAGGACUUGCAGUAUACCUCCUCGCACAAGGGCGCACAUAUGUACGUCAACCCUGGGAAGAAACGUGGGGGACUGUGGUGGACGUACUUGGUGAGUCUGAUUUUCAAGGCAGGCUUUGAUGCUGGCUUCCUCUACAUCCUGUACUACGUCUACGAAGGCUACGACAUGCCCCGCCUAUCCAAGUGCUCCCUGGAGCCAUGCCCCAACACGGUGGACUGCUACAUAUCACGUCCCACUGAGAAGAAGAUUUUCACAAUCUUCAUGGUCGUCUCCUCUGCUUUCUGCAUCUUAAUGUGCAUCUGUGAGAUGAUUUACCUCAUCUGCAAACGUAUCCAGAAACUGGUGCUGAAGAAGAAUGAGGCCGAGAGGAAGAUGUUCGCCGAGAAUCACGAGAUGACGCCGCUGGCAGCGCCCAGGUCAGAGUUCAGGUCAAAUAAUUCAAUCAGAGUGGAUCCUACUGCCUCUAUCAACAACCUCAGUAACAUGAAGUUAGAAGAGCCGUCUAAGAAAGGGCCGUCUAAGAAAAAAUGA